CAGCGUGUUUACCUAUUGCUGUUGUUCCGGGUUCUCAUUCUGUAUGCAUGUUUGUCAAGCCUACGUUUUUGUCUGGGAUAAAUUAUUCUUAUUAAUGAGAUGAAGGUUGUCUUCGAUGAUCUGCUUCAACAUGCUGAGGAAUCUUUGAUCAGGACGGCCGAUCGACGGCAUGCGGUCCAGUUGUAAAUUUGUGUUUGAACAGCUGAAUUGAACUCAGUCAAGUCUGCAGUUGAGAGAUGGGGUCGGGGGUGAGUUCGAAGGGUACCCGGGCGACUGUACACGCAGUUGUGGGUACUGUCAGAUUGAAAAAGAAUACGCCUUCUCGUAAGUCUUCAGCGUCAGACUUGGCUCCAAGCGAAGGACAGACUACUCAGGCUGGGGGUUCCAAUGAUAUGGAGGUCGAAGGAAGGCAAUUGAAAAGUAACAAGAAGUCUGUUCCUCAGACUUCAACUACCACCACAAAAGAAUCUUCUAAAAAAGGAAAAGAGAAAGCAAAACCCAGUGAGUCAAAAAAUUCUUCUCCAAAACCUGUUAAGCCAGAAAAAUCUGGUGAUAAGGGCAAACCAGCUGUAAAUAAAGUCACAAAAACUUCAGAGUCAAAGAAACCUGCAUCAAAAACUGUUUCACCGAAGAAAGCUCCAAAUGGUAAUGACCAACAAAAUGUUGCUCGUAAGAGUGUCCAGCUCUCAACUGGAUCUGAUUUAGGUCAAAGGGUUGAGAGAGUUUUGAGAGGUUUCAUAGAAGAAAACUGCCCUCUGAAUUCAAGGACCGUUCGUAUCUUCCUUAGCUCCACAUUCACUGACACAGAACAUGAACGUAAUGCUCUCAUGGAACAUGUGUAUCCAAAACUGAGACAAUUUUGUGAGAAGAGAGGCUACGAAUUCCAGGUUGUAGACAUGCGCUGGGGAGUACGAGAUGAUGCUACAGAUGCACACAUGACAACUGAGCUGUGUUUACGGGAAAUCAAAGCCUGUCAAGAAAUCUCUGUUGGACCAAAUUUUGUGACUUUGCUGUCAGAAAAGUAUGGUUAUCGACCCUUAAUGCCAUCAAUUACUGCUCAGGAGUUUGAGUUGAUUCUCAGUAAAGGCUCUGAAAACAAAAUACAUGAACUUCUUACCAAGUGGUACAAGAUGGAUGAAAACUGUUUUCCUGUAUCAUACAUUCUCCAGCCAGUAACAACUUGGAUACCAAACUUCCUCAAUGAUAGCUGUGAUCUGUCUCAGAAGGAAGAAGCACAAAAACAGUGGGAGAGUGAAUAUAACAUGAUGAAGGAAUUUCUCCAGCAAGCUGCCAAGGAAGUUUUAAAUGAUGAGGAUAUCUGGCAGAAAUAUGUCAUAUCAGUUUCUGAGGUAGAAAUUAAACAGGGACUCCUUCAAGUUGAAAACCCAAAACGAUCUUGUGUCUGGUUUCACCGUGCAAUCAAUGGACUGGACUCUGAUUCAGACAACCCAGAAGCGUUGAAAUAUACUGAUCAUUGUCCAGGUGGAAUUUGUCUUAAUGAUGGUGCCCAUCCUCAGGCUCUUCUACACAACUUGAAAAAUGAGAAAAUGAAGGAAGCUGUGGAUGCUGAAAAUACUUUCGCCUACAAUGUUACUUGGACACCAAAUGGUAUUGAUCCAAGUAUUGAUGAACACAAGAAAUAUCUUGAUCAGUUUUGUAAAGACUUUGAGAACAAGAUAAAGGAGAUGAUAUCAGCGGGUAUUUCUGAGCACAAAGAGGCUGAAAAAGACAAUUUACUGUACUCUGAAGUGGUGCAGCACACACUGUUCUGCAAGAGGAAACUUCAAGUUGUUUAUGGAAGAAAGUCAACCGUUGGGGAAAUUGAAGAUUAUGUCAGGAGUCCAAGUAGGUACCCCCUGGUGAUUCAUGGAAAGUCUGGUUGUGGCAAAACGUCCGUCAUUGCCAUGGCAGCCAAGUCCAUAAGUGAACUGUUGGAUCAGAAAGGUUGUAUAUGUCUCAGGUUUCUUGGCACAACACCCAAAAGUUCCACCAUCCUCCGUGUACUGAAGUCGAUCAUGCAACAGAUUAAACACGUCUACGGGCUGACAACGAAAAUUCCUCGUUCGUCCAAGGGAGUGUUUGAUCAGUUCCCAAAUUUUUUGUCCAGCGCUACUAAAGAUAACCCAUUGAUAAUCAUCUUGGAUUCUUUGGAUCAACUUUCUCCACUGCAUGGUGCUUGGAAAUUAAUAUGGUUUCCAAGACAACUUCCUCUUCAUGUAAAGUUUAUUGUAUCUACUCUUCCUGAUCAAGAGUACAAAUGUUUUCCAAUUCUUAAGGCUCUCUUCAAACAUCCAAAAUGUUUCGUGUCGGUCCCUGAACUGUCUUCAGAUGACGUGAGUGACAUAUUGACCAACUGGCUGAAGUCUGAGAACAGGACCCUCCAGGACCGUCAGUUGCAGGUGCUCAAAGACGCCUUCAAAAAGUGUCCCCUUCCUUUGUUUCUAAAGAUCUCGUAUGAUGAGACCAGACUUUGGAGAUCAUAUUCCACUAUCAGUGAAACCUGUUUAGAAACGACCAUACGAAAGGCUAUUGACAAGCUCUUGGAAAGAGUCGAAAUAAGCCAUGGCGAGGUUCUUGUGCGACGCGCUCUUGGAUAUAUUACAGCAGCUUCUCUUGGUCUCACUACAAACGAACUCGAGGAUAUCCUGUCUUGUGAUGAAGACCUACUCCAUGACGUUUUUCAGUACUGGACCCCACCGAUCAGGCGUCUUCCCCCCUUGCUGUGGGUCAGAAUAAGGGCGGAUCUCUCCUCUUACUUAGUGGACAGGGGGGCGGAUGGAACUCAGGUUACGUGUUGGUAUCACCGUCAGUUUAUUCAGGCUGCGGAAGACAGAUACUUGUCAGAUGCAGUGGAGAAGAAGCGUUUACACACCCAUAUUGCUGAUUACUUCUUGGGAAGAAAUUACGUUGAGGAAGACACCAAAGAAACGACCCUGAUUCACGGCAAGCAAGUGCGUUUAGCGAGUAUUUCAGGACAGCCCCUGUUAUUAUCCAAAGGUCGUUACAAUUUAAGAAAACUUCAUGAACUUCCCGUACAACUGAUUCGCAGCCAGAUGCUAGAUGAGCUAAAGAGUGAAGUUCUCUGCAACUUUGAGUGGCUAAGUACCAAGAUAGAAGUGCGCACACUGAGGUCGGUGCUGGAUAAUUUCCAUUCCGCUAUGAACGCUUUCAAUGAUCCAGACAUUGCCGCUGUUGCAGAAACUCUCCAACUCGCACAAGACGCUAUUUUGAGCGACCUCAACCAAUUACCAGCGCAGUUUGUAGGCAGGCUCUACGAGUGUAAAGUGCAGGAUCCAUUUCAUGUUGUUCCAACCAAUCUAUCCCCGGUCCUAGCCAAACUAGUCCAGGAUUCUCGUAACCCUCCGGAGCCGGCACUCAUACCGUCCAGAGGUUUCUUAACCCCUCCUGGCGGACAGUUGGUUCACACACUCGUGGUUAACUCCGCCAGUGUAUUGUAUGGAUUGGCGGCAACUAGCAACGGAAAAUACGUUGUCACAGGCUCACAAGAGGGAGUCGUUAAGGUCUGGGACAAUAACGACGGCUCGUUGUUCCUGACCGUACCGGAGGCUGGGGAUGAGAUUGGAAUGAUCACGUGUGGUUGUGACGAUGACGUCAUCAUCGUGUCUUCUAAGACUGGAAUUAGUUUGAUCUCGUUUGAAACUGGAGAAAUACUUCAAAGAGUGGAAGUCAAGUUCUUUGACGGUUGUCCUCCGUUUACACUAGCCGGCGAAAAGGGAUCCAAAGUGGUCUUCCUCAAAGAAAAAGGUUUACACGUCAUCUCUGCUUCUUCUGGAAAGUUUUUGCACCAAUUUUCAGGCAUCUUUCCAGUCGGUGGCGCAGGUCAGAACAGUUUACUAACCUCCUGGAACGACACCGUAAUAUGUAACUCAAAAGAAGAUGAAAACUCUUUGAAGGUGAUCGAUACGUCUGACUACAAAAUUCUUCAUGCGAUAAAGGUUUUUAGCGAGAAGGACGAAGAAGAAUUCCUUCAUCUUACCCAAGUAGCAAUGAAAUCUGACAACGAAGUCCUUGUUGCCAAAAAAAUGAAGAUAGAUUUGUACUCGGUCGAUAGUGGUGAGCAUUUGCGAACAUACAAAUGCAAAAUCGACGAUUGGAUUCGAAACUUGUCCCUGGACCCUGCCCAGAAUAUGCUUGUGUUUCCUAAAGAAAAUAAAGUUGCCCUUCUUGAUCUCGAAAGCGGUGAAAGAAAAGAUGUCCUACCCCACCCUAACUUCGUUUCGAGGGUUUUUGCUGUCGGCUAUGACGUCAUUUUAACAUCGGGCGGCGACAAUGUCGUCCGUGUGUGGGACUUGACCCGAGAAGAUGUCCAUCAACAAGUAGAAAAACCCGAGACAGUAUUGAACAUUUAUUCCAUUCCUGGCGAUUCUCGACACCUGGUAACGCUGGGACGAUUAGGGAUUGACAAUUUCUGUGUGACCAUAUGGGAUUUAGCGACCAUGUUACCACUACGCAAAGUAACUGGUAUAACAACGAGUUACCUUCAGAUCAUCAACGACAGAAGAGCUGCUAUUCGCGUCAAAGAAAACGUAGCAAUUGUGGACUUACAUACGUGGAGGGUUGUCAACGUCCUUAAAGGAAAAAUCCCUCCUUAUGAUUUCCUCGGUGUGGACGAUGUCUGUGUUGUGAACGAUAGCACUGAAAUCCUUACCUACUCACACGAUCGUAAACAUUUGACGCUGUACGACAUCGAAACGGGAGACCAAGUGGCCAUGUUAAAAUCAGGCCAUGAUAUCCGUUCAUUUCUGGUGAACUCAGAAGGAACAGUCGUCGUAUGGGAUGCACCCAAGCCGGCCGACCAAUUGCACGUGUGGGACUUGGAGACUAGAGAGCAAAUUUUUAUUAUCAAGAGGGAGGGGUGUGAGAGACUGACACACGCUGGGUUUACACCGGACGGUGACUAUUUUGUGUCCAGUGCGAAGAAAGGGAAAAAAGAGAGCUAUAUCCGAGUUUCGGCGGUGUGGGAUAUAAGGAAAAAGGAGUUACUGCACGAUUUGCGUUACCCAAAUGAUACAGACACAAUCUCUCUGACAAUUUUGGACAACACCCGGGUGAUAACAGCACACAAAGAUUUGAACAUUGUUUGUUGGGAUAUCGAGGAAGGAACCCCUAUCCAUAUUCUUCCCAGCAACCAUUUCAGCAAUUUGCGAAUUAACAUCAUGGCUUCCAAAGGAGACAUCGUGGUUUCUUAUGACAAAAAGACGCUGAUCAUGUGGGACAUGAGGGCAGGCGCACAGAAGGCGACAUUCACCGCAGAUAAGGUGACAGCAAUUCAUCCCGUGGGAGAGGGUCAGUGUAUUGUGCUUGGCUAUGAAAGCGUAUUGCCAUUAGUGCUUCUUACUCUCCAGGGAGGAGACGUAAAGCCAUACGAAUUUCCCACGGAGGGUACCAAGGCCAUCGCUGGAACAGACAUGUGGAUAGAGUUCGAGGGCGUCAAGUGUGACAUUGUUGCUGAUGAAGAUGAGAAAAUAAGCGAGAACGAAAACGAGACAAUUGAGCAUUGAAAGGAGAAAGAAGAGCAUGGGUCGGGGUCAUUGCGUGAUUGAUCGGCUGAACGAGACUUGACAAUUAACAACAGAAGGCACUACGGAGGAAUUGUAUGAAAUGUUGAAAAGGCGCAUUGCAAAUGGACAAACGCGGAAGAAAUGAUCAUCGCACUUAUUUAAACCUAAAACAUAAUUAUUUAAGACAAGAAGACUUAUUUUUAAAGUGGUACGUUGCAAGAGAGGAGGCCGUAGGUUUGUCAGUGAUGGUAUUUCUACUACGCUUUCCUCUCCUAAAAUAAGGUCUCUAACUUAUUUAUUUCGAUGAGGUUUUUUUCUUGAUUUCCUUCUGGAGUUGUCUUCGGUGUUGAAGACAUGUUUAGUUAUUGGUAUUUAUUUUCUCCGUGGCCACCAAAGCUACGGUUGUUCUCACCGUUUGGUGGUUGAGGUUUCUCCAAUUCAUGUAAAUAAAAACUUUUAGGUAAACUUCCGCGGACGAGGGUAGAGGAAGAUAUUAGGGUUAGGACUCAGAAAGGAUCUCUUAUCUUGUGAGGGCCUAGUAAAACUAAUGCAAAGAAAUAAUUUAAAAUAGUUUAAAAAAAUUUAGAAAUUUUAGUGUGAAUUUAUUCAACGUAAUUUAUUUUUGAUAAGAUCGUCGCCCGAAGGAAUUCUAACUUAGUGAGUAUCUAGAACAAAUUACAUAUUGCAAAAUAAAUGAAUGGUUUUCUUCCAAACGAAAGUGACCAACAUCAUCACGAUAUAUUAUAUUUCCUUACAGAAGAUAUUUUUACCACGUCUGGAAAAAUCUCCGCCUUCUCUAUAUUGAUCUAAUUUCAAUAUUUCUGCACGUCGACAAACACCGAAAGUCGCAGUCUGUGCAUGUCUAGAUAGUUUAAGCUUCAUCUCCAUUUUUUUUCUUGUGAAUCUUAUUCACCUUGAAAUAAGCUAAAUCUCCUCCUU